AUGUCAAGCUCCAAGGAUGAAGUUGCCGUCCAGGCGACGGCUACUAGCAUUUCUACCUCGUCGCUUCCCAAGGAUACGGCUGUAGUGGUGCAGGACUCAGUGGGCGAUGAAGAGGCGCAGGCGCCGGCGGAUCUAGUUGAUACCCGGAAGAAGGGCUUUUUCGCCUACUUCAAGACUAAGGAGUUUUACAUUGUGUUGCUUCUAGGACAAGCUCUCGCUAUUAUGAACACUGCGACGAGUACCUUUACAACCCUUCUUACCGAUCAGAACUGGUCUAUUCCUACUUUCCAGACUAUCCUCAACUACAUCGUUCUUACCUGCAUUUUUACUCCUUAUACCAUCUACCGUUACGGAUUCAAGGGCUGGCUCCGCCUAAUCUGGCGUGACGGAUGGAAGUAUAUCAUCCUCGCUUUCUGCGAUGUAGAAGGAAACUACUUUAUUGUGCUCGCAUACGAUUACACAACCAUGCUGAGCGCCCAACUAAUCAACUUCUGGGCCAUCGUCGUGGUAGUUAUCAUCUCCUUCCUCUUCCUCAAAGUCCGAUACCACAUCACCCAGAUCGCCGGUAUUAUUGUUUGUAUCGGCGGCAUGGGCGUUCUCAUUGCAUCGGACCAUAUCACCGGUACCAACGGCGGCGAUGUGACUUCCGGCAACCAACUCAAAGGCGAUCUCUUCGCGCUUCUCGGCGCCUCGUUCUACGGUCUCACUAAUACUGCUGAGGAGUACUUUGUCAGCACGAGACCCGUUUACGAGGUUCUGGGCCAGCUCUCGCUCUACGGUAUUAUCAUUGACGGUGUGCAAUCUGCCAUCUUUGAGCGCGACAAGUACAACACCAGCCACUGGGAUGGAAAGGUCGCGGGCUACCUGAUUGGAUUUACGAUCUGUCUGAGCAUGUUCUACUGCCUUGCCCCAACGAUGUUCCGGCUGUCAUCGGCAGCAUUCUUUAACAUCUCGAUGCUGACUAUGAAUUUCUGGGGCGUAUGUAUUGGUAUCAAGGUCUUCCAUUACCAUAUUCACUGGAUGUACCCCAUUGCCUUUGUGCUCAUCAUUGUUGGCCAGUUGAUUUAUUAUCUGGGACGCAGGGCAUUGGCCGAGGCGAGAAAGCCUUGGCUGGGAGAGAACCAGGAGCGGGGCAUUAAGGGCUGGUUCACUGCGAAGAAGCGCAUUGAAGAGGAAGUUCCUGGUGCUGUGCUUCAGACGGAGCGGGAUCAGGAUCAUGUCUCUGGUCACAGCACUGCGCAUGCAGUCGAGACUCAUAUCAGUGCUUAG